CCGAUCAGGGCAAACGUCACCUCUGGGAUCGGGGCAAAUUGCUGCGAGCAUGUCCGGAAAAUCGGGAAUAGAGGGCGACGGAAGGAGUGGAGAUGGAGGGGGAGGGGGGGAAGCAGUUGCGCAGCAAAGAAAGCUGAAUAGCAGAGGCCUCCCUGCACUUAACCUGUCCAAAGUACGACCUAACCACAGCCAUGGCCAUUCCGAGGGUCAUCAUCAAGGGGCUUCAUCUUCAGAGGUCAACCAGAGUUCGAGACAUGGGGAUCCAUCGGGCCACGGAGCAGGUAGGGUGAGUUCCAACAGUAGCAGCGGAUCAAGCAGGGCAAAUGGAAGAGGCGGGGGGGGGGGCAGCGGAGGAGGAGGAGGAGGCGGAGGAGGAGGAGGAGGAGGAGGAGGAGGAGGAGGGGGAUGGCUGAGUGGCAGCAUCAACAGUGGGGGGACCACAAGCAGCGGGGGAGGAGGGUAUGGUUCGAAUAGGCAUGGCGGCGAUGGAUUGAGAAGUGUUCCAAGUGCAUCAGGUAAGGGGGAGCAUGUAGCGCACGUAACAUCUCCUCAAAGGAGAGAGAACGCGGGGGUCUUGCGGAGCGGGGGAGGGCCACCGCCGCCAAGCGCGGGGAAUGGUGGGGUUGGGAGCUCGAGGGAGUCCAGAAGGCCAUCAGGGCAAAUUUCGUUGCCGUCAGCUGCGACUGGAAGUGGAAGUGGGAGCGGAAGUGGGAGUGGGAGUGGGAGAAGUGGGAGUGGGAGUGGGAGUGGGAGUGGUGGAUCCCAACCUAACCCUUCCUCCAAGCCUGGCACCCACCGUACGCACACUCGACAUGCAUCUCUUUUUCAAUCUGGGAAAGCUAGCGCGGCGCAUGGUGGGGCCCAUGGAAAUCAGCUGGGCCUGGUCCCGCUGGUCACGCCUAGCCCUGCGACCAAGGCAAGCUCCAGAGCCGCCGCCGCCGGACCAGAUGCUGAGACCAUAGAUCGGGACGAUGUCCUCCCUGCCGCCCGCAGAACGUCGACUGUUGGCGCUCCUUCCGCCAUCGUCGGCGUCAGCAGCCCUGCUUCCGCCUUCCUCGAGACCGACGACUCUUCUUCCUCCACUCUCCCAGCGGCUGCCCCUCCUCCUCCUCCUCCUCCUCCUCCCCCUCCUCCCCCUGCACCUGCUUCUUCCGCUCUUUCCGAUGGAGGGCCAACCCCCAGUAGCAGCAAGGGGAACGGCCAGCCGGGAUCGCGCGCGGAGUGGUCCCUUGCCUUGCCCUCUAACCCGACCUCCAGUCCCAACCGCAACCCCAACCCCAACCCGAACCCGAACCCGAACCUGAGUUCGAACCCGAACGGUCAUCCGUCCUUGAUCUCCAACAAUGGUCAUUCCAGCACACUUAGCAUAUCGAACAUACCUCUGGGGUUCGGCACAACGGCCAUCGAAACGUGUCAGACAUCACGGCAGAUGAGUCAGACGGGAUCUGAGAUGGUGAUCGACAGGCCCGCGUCGCGGCAAGUACUGACCGCUCGACCUGGAUCGCGCAGCGCGGUCUUGUCCGACGUCGACCGCAUCGUUCCGCGCAACCCCCCCCCCCCCCCCCUCCCCCCUCCAGCCCCUGGGGUCCCCCUCACUCCCGGUAUGGUUCUCAGAAAUUACGCCUGCUAUCUCACGGACUACGAGCAGAGCGAGAUCCUUCAUUACCCCCAGGUCCACUACUUCGCCCCCGAGGUGGAGAAGCUUCGACCUACCCCCACUCCGGGACAAAGCAACUACGGCUUUGAUGACGAAAGAGGCGACUACCAGACGGUUUUGGGAGACCAUCUCGCUUUCCGCUAUCAGGUGAUUAGCGUCCUAGGUAAGGGCAGUUUCGGCCAAGUGCUCAAGUGCAUGGACCACAAGAUGAACGGCCUUCGAGCCAUCAAGCUGAUAAGGAACAAGAAGAGGUUCCACCAUCAAGCGCUGGUGGAGGUGAAGAUUCUGCAGUACCUAAGGGACAAACAAGAAGAGGAAGAGGAGCAGUGCUAUAUCGUGCACAUGUACGAGAGCUUCUACUUUCGCUGCCACCUUUGCAUCUCUUUCGAACUCCAUUCCAUAAGUCUUUACGAUUACAUCAAGAACAACAAUUUCCACGGCCUCAGCUUGAGCCUGAUUCGCCGGGUGGCUUCGCAAGUGCUCACCUGUCUCAAGUUCCUUAGGAAACUUAGGAUCAUCCACUGCGACCUCAAGCCGGAGAACAUCCUCCUUCGCGCCCCCAAUAAGACGUCCGUCAAAGUGAUCGACUUUGGCAGUAGCUGCUUCGAGCAUGAACGCGUCUACACCUACAUUCAGAGCCGCUUCUACCGGUCGCCCGAGGUCAUCCUUGGAUUGCCUUACGACAUGAUGAUCGACAUGUGGAGCUUAGGCUGUAUCUUGGCCGAAUUGUUCACGGGGUACCCGCUGUUUCCUGGGGAGAACGAGCUAGAACAGUUAGCGUGCAUCAUGGAGUUGCUCGGUCUGCCGCCAGCGUCGCUCUUGGACGUGUCCACGAGGAAGAAGAUGUUCUUCGACAGCGCCAAUAAUCCCAGGAUAGUGCCAAAUUCGUGGGGGAAGAAAAGGAGACCAAAUUCGAAGGACCUGGCGACGGCGUUACGGUGCAGCGACGCAUCGUUCGUGAACUUCUUGGAGGGGUGCUUGAAGUGGGAGAGCAAGGAGAGGUGGCUGCCCGAGCAAGCCUUGCAGCAUGAAUGGAUUCUAGAGGGGGCAGGGGGGGGGGGCGGAGGGGGAGGGGCAGCGCAUGCUGCUUCUUCGUCGUCGUCGACGUCCGCUCGCCCUUCCACCACUCAUAGAGCUCAUUCUCCACGCGCUCGUAAAGCCAAACAAGCGAAGCAUGCGCCCUCUCAUGCAGAUGGCAGUAACAAUAGCAGUAGCAAUAACCACUCAACCGGCAAGCACGUUGACACGUCCAAUGGGGCCAAGGCAGAACCCCCAUUCAGAACGACCCACAGACACUCCCUUUACUCCAAUCUGCAUACGGGGGACUUCCGAUCCUUGCUGCCUCCCAUCGACGGCUCGUCUUCCUCCGCCGCGUCGAAAACGGCAAGGGAAUGGAAGAAGAGAGCGGCGUGAUGACUCUUGACCUCCCGCGCUAUUUUUCUCCUACAAUUUGUGUUGACGUCCUUGGACAUGUUGGUCUUUGAACUC